AUGCCUGCGCAACGCAGACUGAUCAGCAAGGCUCUCGCCUUGACCUUGGCUGUGGGUGCCUGCCGACUUGCCUCCCCUGGCGGUGCGGGCUCUGCCUUCGCCCCCUCCACGGCCACACUGGCGGCACCCAAGCGGGUCGUAGUAGCAGACUGCACCCACGCGGAGCGCGAUGCGGACGCCAGGGUACUCGAGAAUGCUCUCCGCGGCGCCAUGGCUUUCUCCGCCUCUGAGGCUGCGCUGGACCACGCUGGCUCGGAGCGCGACGCGGACGCUUGGGUGCUCGAGGAUGCGCUCCGCGGCGCGUUGGCUUCCUCCGCCUCCCGUGCUGUAGUGGACCACUCUUACUCGGAGCGCGACGCCGACGCUUGGGCGCUCGAGGAUGCGCUGAGCGGCGCAAUAGCGUCUGCCUCCCGUGGCGGUGCGGGCUCUGCCUUCGGCCCCUCCGUGACCGCAGUGGCGGCACCCGCUCGGGCUAUAGGAGACCGCACCGACGCGGAGCGCGACGCGGACGCCAGGAUGCUCGCGGAUGCGCUCCGCGGCGCGGAGGCGGCCGCUUCCUCCGCCUCGUCCGACCCAGGGCCGCGGCUCUGGUCGGGAGGCGCCCUCGCCGAGCUGUUCCCAGAGACCCUGCUGAACCCGACGUGGGCAACCUGCUACGUGGAGGCCCGGCUGCCCACCAGGCCCGUCAUGGAGGAGUGGGUCAUGCGCGGAGAGCGCGAGGUGAUCGCGCUGUUCAAGUCCUGGCGCCGGUCGUCCCAGGAGGCCACGAGCAUCCGGUGCGUGGACACCCCUGUGGAGGACGCCCUGCAGUCCGAGUGCCUGGCGUGUGCCGCUCACGACGGGGUCCAUGCGCAGAUGGCGCCCUUUGCCGUGAGCGGGCAAGUCUCCUCGGAGGGCGUGAUGACGUUCCUGACAGGAUCCUCGCAGUGCAUGGCGUCCGCGGCUCGCGGGCAGGGCUUCUGCAAGAGCGGUCAGCUCUUGCUGGGCUGA